UUUCUCAACAAGGAGCUCGCAGACAAAGAACCAAAGAAUGGGAAAUCCUCCGUCGCCCUCAAACACGACUUCGACCCGACAGGUCUGGUCCAGCGCUGCGUGAUAAUCCAAAGGGAUGAGAAUGGCUUUGGUCUGACAGUAAGUGGAGACAACCCGGUGUUUGUGCAGCUGGUCAAAGAAGAUGGCGCUGCAAUGCGAGCUGGAGUCCAGACAGGAGACAGGAUCAUAAAGGUUAACGGGAGAUUAGUUACACAUUCAAACCACAAGGAGGUUGUGGAACUGAUCAAGUCGGGUUCCUAUGUAGCCCUGACGGUUUUGGGGAGACCUCCAGGACUCCCUCAGAUCCCCCUGGAUGAGGAGAAGGAGCAGCAGCAGCCGGAGGAGGAGGAGGAAGAGGAGGUCGACACGCCGCCUUUUUUUUCAGCUCCAAACUCACCUGCACUCUCAGGUGAAGAGCGGUCCAGCUUCCUGAGCAGCAGCAGCCCUCAGAACCACUUGAUCUGCUCUUCUACUGACGGGGAUGCAGCGUCAGGGUUGAGGAACGGCGAGGAAGAGGAGGGCGAUGGUAGGUCGUCCCUGAAAGAACAGAACUCCCCUUUUGGUUCUGGAGGUGGGCCCUCGGCCAACAACAAUUCUACGAACAGCAGCCACUCUCCAGAAAGUUCAGGAAUAAAAGGGACACCCCGUCAGAGUCCGGGGACCCUCAGUUUCUGCUCCUCACCCGACUCCGAAGACACUCCUGACACUGACUCCAGUGCCCAGUGCAUUGUGGGUAGUCCUCCUUACACCCUUAACCUCCAGAUUAUUGGAGCAGAGGACGAUUACUUUGACUCCCAGCAGGAACAGAUCAACAACGAGUGCAGCUCUUUUCAGAGCAUCGACGUGCUGAAGUCCAGACCCGCUCACCUCGCGGUCUUCCUCCAUCAUGUGGUCUCGCAGUUUGACCCGGCUCCUCUGCUUUGUUUUCUCUUCGCCGACAUGCACAAACAAACCAGCUCCAAGGAAAGUCGACGCUUCUUUAUCGAGUUCCACUCACUGUUUUUAGAUCGAGCAGCGAAUCUGAAAGUUCCCGUUCCUGAAGCAAUCGCAUCAGAACUGGAUAAGCGAAGGCUGGAGCUGAUCCCCGAGGAGCUGUGUAAACAAUUUUCUCAGGUGUUACAGGACUCUCUUUUAUCGGACCUACACAAGAACCUGGAGGACUUCAGACAGAAACGCAGCAUGGGUCUGACGCUGGCCGAAAACGAGCUGUCCAAGCUGGACUCGGAGCGAGGUAAAGACCAGCAGGCGUCGGAGAAGGAAUGCUCCUGUGCUGAACACAUCCUGUCAAAGAUCGAGGACAUCCUGUUGUCGUCUCAACCCUCAGAAGAGGAGAAGUGCCAAAACAUGCAGUAUGUGAUCCACACCUAUAUGAAGCAUCUCGGGGUGAAAGUAAAGGAAUCCCGUGGGCUCGAACAAAAACGGGCACGCAUCAACUUCCUGCCCAGAAUUAAGGGGAAAAGUACUAAAUCUGAGAAGGAGGGGGAGGAAAAGGUGAAAAAACCUCGGUUUCCCAUCAUCCUCGGCCCUCCUCGGCGUCUGAGCAGAACGGACUCGGUUGCUAAAGCCUUGGAGCAGAACAAGCAGCGCUCGCCGAAGUUCUCCCAGCUGUCCAUCCCAGAGCUUCUCGACUCUGCCUCGAGUUCUGGACGAAGCCCGGCGAACCACCCGAGUGAGGGAUCAGACACCGGCUGCCAGUCUGUGUCCUCCACCUCCUCUGUGGGUCCCGGCUCCCUCAGCAGUCCCACCUCGGACUUGAGCGGACCAGAGACAGACUCCAGCGUUUCUCCGUUCUGCGCCCAGCCGAGGCUGAGCGACGGUCUGCCGACUGUGGACCACCAGGACGUCCUCUCCAGUCCAACAUGCACUCAGAUCGACUUCGGCCUGUCCAACCUGGACCAGCGGGAGGAAGACCAGGACGCCUUCAGGAUGGAAGUUCAGUCGACCGUGAGUUCUGCUGACAUCCAGAGCGAAGACGACCAGGCAGGAGAGGGCGAGGGCGACGAAGACCCUCUGAACUGGCAGAAACUCGUCAGUCGAGGCGUCCUGGAGAGCCUAAUGCCAAAGGAGAUCAAGCGGCAGGAAGUCAUCAAUGAGCUGUUCUACACUGAGCGUGCUCACCUGCGCAUGCUGAGGGUCCUGGACUGUGUUUUCUGUCAGAGGCUGAACAGAGACGGCAUCCUUCCUCCUGAAGACAUAAAACACAUCUUUAUUAACCUGGAGGAGAUCAUUCAGCUGCACGUUUCCAUAACGGAGCAAAUGGCAGCGAUCCGGAGGAGGAGCGAGACGUCGGUGAUCGUUCAGAUCGGAGAUGAUCUCUUGUCGUGGUUCAGCGGGGAGGAAGAGGAGAAGAUAAAGAGAGCGGUGGGAACGUUCUGCAGCAACCAGCCGUCGGCGUUGGAGCUCAUCAAAACCAGGCAGAAGAAAGACCAGAGGUUCAACCUGUUCAUGCAGGAGACGAGGACGAACCGUUUGUGUCGCCGGCUGCAGCUCAAAGACAUCAUUCCUGUAGAAAUGCAAAGAGUGACAAAGUACCCGCUGCUCCUGGACAAUAUCGCCAAAUACACCGAAAAUGGUGAAGAGAGAGAGAAGGUGAAGAGAGCCGGAGAGUGCUGUAAAAAGAUCCUUAACCACGUCAACCAAGCGGUGAAAGAAGCUGAAAACAAACAGAGACUAGAGGAGUAUCAGCGAAGGCUGGACGUCUCAUCUCUCAAACAAAGUGAAAAUCCUGUGAUCCUGGAGCUGAGGAAUCUGGAUCUGACCAAGAGGAAGAUGGUACACGAGGGCCCUCUCUCCUGGAGAGUCAACAAGGACAAGACGAUUGAACUUUACACGGUCCUCCUGGAGGACAUCAUGGUUUUACUGCAGAAGCAGGACGAGCGUCUGGUACUCAAGUUUCACGGCAAGAACCCGGCGAGUGCUGCUGACACCAAACACAUCUUCAGCCCCGUCAUCAAACUCAACACCGUUCUGGUUCGACCCGUAGCAAUCGACAAGAAGGCCUUCUUUGUUCUGUCCAUGUCGGAAAAUGGGGUUCAGAUGUACCAGCUGAUGGCUCAGACGGUGUCCGACCGGAGAACGUGGCAGUGUCUGAUCACGCAAUGCGCCGACGCCAUGAAGGCCAAACCUCGCGACGACGUCACGCCUCCAGCUCAGCCUGAAGCCGAGCAGAGCGAUGUCGGGAUCAUGAACGACGAGGCGCCCAAAGAAAGCGUCGAGCUUGGUGAGACAUCGAGGGAAAGCGUCAGCUCUUCAGAUAAAGACGCCCCGUCUUCUCCGGGCAUCCAGCCGCCUCUCAACCCUUUUGAUGGCUUGAAAUCCGAAGAUGAGGAAGAGGAGCUGGCUGUAGCGGACAGACCAGAAGAAGAAGAGGAGGAGGAGGAGGAGGUGGACGAGGCAGAACUGGAAGCUUUCUUGGACGGUCAUCUGGCAGACCAACUCCUGCAGGAAGGAUCCAGUCAGGGUGUCCCAGACGAAAACAAUCACAUUGACUUUAACGCCUCCUCCUUCAAAGCUGAAGAGGCUUUGCGGACGUUGGCUUUGCUGAAACAGGCUAUUUUCAGCCACAUGUCGAGCAAAGAGGCCGAGGAGGAACCAGAAGAGAAUAAACUGGGCCGGGCCCCUGAGAAUCAUCUGAACGAGGGCCCCUCUGCUGCACGCGACGAAACCCAGCCGCCUGAAAGCUCAGAGAAGGACGACCCUCGGUCUUCAUCGGUCCUCACAGGAGAGUCUGAGACGACUGAGCGGAACGGGGGGUUUGUGGUUCUGGACUUUGAAGGCGGCUCUGAGGAGAGCAGCGCUGACGAUGACGUCGGAGCUGAUGUUCCGAUUGACAUGAGGAAGCUGUUGUCUUCGUCCUCGCAGGCGGGGAGCGGCCCGGAUCUCAGCAGGCAGCUGAUGACUCACCUGCGCCUCCUGCAGGCAGAUCUGCAGUACCUGAAGGACAUAGAGAUGAAGUACAACCAACUGCAGCGAAUUCAGACCAACGCAGCUCCGGACUCGGACGAUAACGCCGGUGUGUUUCAGCUCGCUCGUUCUUCUGAGUUUUGUACAGAUUAA